GUGGAUGUCUACACUUGUACAAAAAUUAUUCCAUCGCGCUCUCAUGCAGUCCCGUGACGACCUAUCUGCUGCAGGACAUUGUUCAUCAAUUCUGAUCUAAUGAUGUUUGACUCAACCGCCCAACCCACGUGGUGGCCAAGUUAACUGACUUUCUCUCAGUUGAGAUGAUACAGGUUCCUCUUGGGAUGCGGGGGUCUUAUCACACUGCGCUAUUAACGAUACACAGUUUUCGGUGGAUGCCAUAUAUAAAGGUAUUGCAACUUGUCUCUUUCAUACCAAAUCCCUUUCGACAGAAUGACCGUUCAAACACUUCCAACCUCAACUCAAAUACUUGUUGUCGGUGGCGGGCCCGCCGGAAGCUAUGCAGCUGCUGCUUUGGCUCGAGAAGGCUUUGAAGUCACUCUUCUCGAAGCUGUGAAGUUCCCUCGAUAUCAUAUUGGCGAGAGCUUGCUCCCGUCAGUCCGCUCCUUCCUGGCAUUUAUUGAUGCGGAGGAAUCUGUCAAGAACUAUGGAUUCACACUUAAGGUUUGGAUAGUAUUCAAUGUGUCGGAGUACAUUAGACGCUGCAAUACAGAUUUCGUUGCGCUAAAUCCCAAACAAUGCGUUCGAUCGGAAUUUGACGAUUUGCUAUUUCGUCAUGCUUCGAAGAGUGGUGCAAAUUUCGAGGGCGAAAGACCUGUUUCAGCCAACUGGAGGAAUACCAGCACUGGAAUAGAGGGCCGUAUCUCUUUCAGCUACCUUGUCGAUGCGUCAGGAAGGAACGGGAUCAUGUCCACAAAGUAUCUCAAGAACAGACGCUAUAAUCAGGCCCUCAACAAUGUUGCAUGUUGGGGAUACUGGGAUGGAACCGAGUCUUACAUGCCGGGCACCACUCGCCAGAAUGCUAUCUUUGUCCAAGCACUUGAAGACGAGUCUGGAUGGGCUUGGUUUAUUCCUCUUCACGAUGGAUCCACAUCUGUGGGAAUUGUGAUGGAUCAAGAGUCAAGCAAUCGUAAGAAGAAAGCUUCUCGUGCGGCCUCAGGAGGAUCCGGUUCAAAUCUUCUGGCUCAUUAUAAGGAAGAACUUUUAAGCAGAGCUCCUGGAGUCCUCAAAUUGAUAGGAAAGGCCACCCUUCGAAACGAUGGCACACCGGAAGCUGUGAAAUCUGCAAGCGAUUUUAGCUACUCGGCCUCCUCUUAUGCCGGAGAUCAUUUUCGGCUAGCGGGGGAUUCUGGAGCAUUCAUUGACCCAUUCUUCUCCUCUGGCGUCCAUUUGGCUUUCACAGGAGGACUUUCGGCUGCUCUCACGAUUGCUGCGUCGAUUCGAGGACUCUGCAGUGAAGGAAACGCACAACGUUGGCACACCUCAAAGAUUGCCACCUCCUACACCAGGUUUCUUCUCGUCGUCCUUGGCACCUACAAACAGAUCCAAAAUCAAGCUAUGCCGGUGAUGAGUGAUGUGGAUGAGGACAAUUUUGACAGAGCCUUUGAUCUCAUCAGGCCGGUGAUACAAGGGACAGCAGAUGUUGGUAAGGCCUUAACAGAAGACGAACUCCAGAAAACUAUGGACUUUUGUCGUCAUCUAUUCGCACCCACUGAUCCCGAGAUGCAUUCUGCAGUCAAAGCUAGAUUGGAUCCUUCUCUAACAUCCCCAGACGCACCCGUCAUGACAGAGAGCGACAUCGAUCGCUUGCUCGGAGAUGCUGAUGAGGAAGCUAAGUUCGUUUUGAGCGAGAUCAACGCGCGAAAGCCCAUCCAUACGAUGUACAACCCAACAGAGAACUUCGGUGUGGAGGAACACUUUGGUUUCAAAGCCGUCUUAGAACGAGGCAGAUUGGGUUUGGAGACUGCGUAAGUCAGGCAUUGCUAGUAAUGCAGAGCUGUAAUGGACAUAUCAUAACAAGUCGGUUAUUCGCUGACACGAGGACUGAAGUAUAGAGCUUGUAGAACUUCGAUGAUUUUUCCGCUUAAUGUUACAAUCCCCAUUCAAACCCGUCUCUUUUGUGAUUUACAUAACCCAGAGUCGAAUUCAACACCAUAUAUUUAGUA